AAAGGAGAUUUCGGUGGUUCUUAAGAGUUCUUACCUUCGGGGAAUGAACUUGGCAUCCUUCUUCAUUGCCAGCAAAAUCACAGUGUUUAUGACAUUCAUGACCUACGUGUUGCUGGGCAAUCGGAUUUCAGCGAGCCGGGUGUUUGUCGCUGUCUCUCUGUAUGGUGCAGUGAGGCUGACAGUCACUCUAUUCUUCCCAGCGGCCAUUGAGAAAGUAUCUGAAACGUUGGUCAGCAUUAGACGAAUCAAGAACUUUCUAAUCCUUGAUGAAGUUCCUCUGUUUAAACCACAACUCAAAAAUAACAUUGAAAACCCUUUUCUUAACCUACAUGAUUUGACUUGCGCCUGGGACAAGAGCUGUGUACCAGGAUGCCGACAUCUAUCUUUUGGAUGAUCCGUUAAGCGCGGUGGAUGCAGAAGUGAGCAGGCAUUUGUUUGAAAGCUGUGCACAGAUUGAGAGUAAGAACAGUGCAUGUGUCAAGAGCAGAAGUUUGGAAGCCCUUCAGAAGGUUGUGCUAUUUUACUGCAUGUUUGAGACUUCUUUGUAUAUGUUUAAUAAUAUUCAGGUGGUGAGCACUGUGAAAGCCAUUCCCAAAUCUUUACUUUUAUUCAAGAUUGAUUUGGAGAUGGGACCACUCUUAACAGCACUGCCAGAAGAAAGUCGAUCAGAAGGAAAAAUUGGCCUUACCAUUUAUAAGAAGUAUUUUUCUGCUGGUGCAAAUUAUUUUGUAACUUUUAUACUUUUAGUUCUCAAUAUUUUGGCACAGGUUUAACUGUGGCUACGAUACUUUUCAGUAUACUGAGGAGCCUACUUAUGUUUCACAUUUUGGUUAACGCAGCCCGGACUUUACAUAAUAAAAUGUUUCAGUCGGUUUUGAGAACUCCAGUGCUGUUUUUUGACAGAAACCCUAUUGGAAGGAUCCUAAAUCGUUUCUCCAAAGAUAUUGGCCAUCUGGAUGACUUGUUGCCAUUAACAUUCUUGGACUUUGUACAGACCUUUCUUCAGGUUUGUGGAGUGGUCGGCGUGUCGAUUGCUGUGAUACCCUGGAUUCUCAUCCCAUUGGUUCCUCUUCUUAUUGUUUUCAUAUUUCUUCGACGCUACUUUUUGGAUACAUCAAGAGAUAUCAAACGUUUGGAAUCUACCACUCGAAGCCCAGUUUUUUCUCAUUUAUCAUCAUCUCUUCAGGGACUUUGGACCAUUCGUGCUUUUCAGGCACAGCAAAGAUUCCAAGAAAUAUUUGAUGCACACCAAGACCUACACACAGAUGAUAUCAGUGGAACGAGUAACGGAAUACACCGAAUUGGAACAGGAAGCACCAUGGCAUACCUAUAAACGUCCACCAGCAGAGUGGCCAACUGAAGGAGUGAUUGCGUUUGAUGAUGUGAACUUCGCUUACAGUGCAGAUGGUCCUUUAGUGUUGAAACAUUUGUCUGUUUUAAUUAAAUCUAAAGAAAAAGUUGGAAUUGUGGGAAGAACAGGAGCUGGCAAAAGCUCUCUAAUAGCUGCUCUUUUCCGGUUGGCCGAGCCCCAAGGAAGAAUUUGGAUUGAUAAAUAUUUGACAUCAGAACUAGGACUUCAUGACUUGAGGAAGAAAAUUUCAAUCAUACCUCAGGAGCCAGUUUUAUUUACCGGGACUAUGAGGAAGAAUUUGGAUCCUUUCAAUGAAUAUAGUGAUGAAGACUUGUGGAAUUCUUUAGAAGAGGUCCAAUUGAAAGAAGCAAUAGAAGACCUACCUGACAAACUGGAAACACAAUUGGCAGAAUCUGGAUCUAAUUUUAGCGUUGGCCAGAGACAACUGGUGUGCUUGGCCAGGGCUAUCCUGAAGAAGAAUAAGAUACUGAUCAUCGAUGAAGCAACUGCAAAUGUUGACCCGAGAACAGAUGAGCUGAUUCAAAAGACAAUCCGUGAAAAGUUUGCCCAGUGUACUGUUUUGACAAUUGCACACAGACUGAACACCAUCAUCGACAGUGACAGGAUUAUGGUCUUAGAUCGGGGACGCCUGAAAGAAUAUGAUGAGCCAUACAUUUUGCUGCAAGAAAAGGAAAGCCUGUUUUACAAGAUGGUUCAACAACUGGGUAAGGCUGAAGCUCUCUCCAUCGUAGAAACAGCCAAACAGGUUUAUUUUAAGAAGAAUUAUCCUGAAGUUACUUCAAGUGAUCGAGCAGUCACCAGUUCAUCAACAUCUGAAUCUCAAGGACUAAUAAUUUUUGAGACUGCGCUAUGAUCUUAUGAAAUCAUUGGGAGGGGGCAGGUUCUCUUUUCUUGUCCUUUUAACAGAAUGUAACCCUAUCAAAAUACAAGAUGAAUCUUCCAAUUCAUUCAAACUGUUUUUGCACUGGAAUAUUGUCACACAGAAAAAGAAAAUAUAUUUUUAAAUAGUCCUUGCUCCUUAUAUUUACAUACUAUGUUGUUCAGAAUUUUUUUAAGAAUUGUAUAUCUUAAAGUGCCUAAUUUUGUGGAUUUCGCAAGAAGAAGCUUGUGCCACAAAAACUGAAGCCCAGUUCCAUGAUGGAUAAGUUUGCUCAGGAAUUCACAAUUUCCUCCUUUUCUCUAAUAAUAAUGCACUGUAAGAUUCCUGAAUGUGCUGCUGUUACAUCAUCCAUGGGUUGAUUUGUACUUAUGUCCUUUAUAUAGUGUGGUUUUGUUAUGCAGAGGCAGAGAGACAUAGUCCUGUAGUUGUGCAAUUUCCUUUUUUUCCAAUCAGUACAAACUUUCACCAAAAUCAGCUUCCUGUGUGAGAAUCCUUAAAGCCAAAUCUGCUGUAUUCCAGAAGCUCAGUCUUUAAAGGAGAAGCAGAAUAAGUUGCAAUGUUUUAACACCUACUACCCAGACCGAUAUAAUAUCUGUCCUCUGUUUUUGAUCCCCUCGUUCUACUGUGCAAUGAUAGCCAGUGAGCCGUAUUUCAUUUAGAGAUCAAAUAUGGCAUACAUAUUUUUAUUCACUGCUCUGCUACCCUUGACACAUUGAAACCCCUGUUGCUGGACACUCUUAUAGUUGUAAGACAUCUUUCUCAAGUGGGGAAAAUGUAGUUUUCUAGUUUUGCACAUUAAAAACAAGUUGGGAAAGAGCAAGAUCAUCAGAGGUGGUAUUCAGCCGGUUCGGACCAGUUCGUCAGAACUGAUAGCAACCCGUCCUGGCUCUAUUUCAUCCUAUUUACAAAUGUUUUUUGAGUAAAGCACAUGUACGGAAGGCCGGAGUGAGCCAAACGAGCAUGUGAGCCAGUGGUGGGUUCCGGAUCCUGUUGCAACCGGUAUAGUGCAGUGGGGCCCAGCACCCACCACAUGAAUGCGCACAGGGCAUGCAUGUAUACUUAUCAUCUGUGACGCUCCGCGAUGCUCCAGCUGCUCAGCGGAGCAUUGCACAGGUGCCUUAUGCUUGGUGUGCGGAAGCCCCGAAGAGCUCAAAUACAUGUAAGAAUGGCGGGCGGGUGGGCCCUCUGGAGCACUGUACCAGAACGGGACUGUUGUAGCCCAACAGCAGCUGUCUGAGCUGUUGGUGGAAUCUGACAGCGAUGAACACUAUGGGACUGCCCUGGAGGCUAAGGAAGACUGGAGUCAGAGCAGAGACUAGAGAGGCCAUCAGAUGGCGUCUGAGUCAAAGAGCAGUGAGGAAGAACUGAGGGAGGCUGUCCCUGAUGUACGUAUGCAUAGGGCCCAGAGGAGGAGGGAGCAGCU